AAAGUAGUGAAGAAGGGUUGUUGUUGCUUGUCAUCUGGUAUCACUGUGCAUGCAUACGUUAGCCUAUUGUAAAUCUUAUGAAUUUCAUAAAUUAUUUUAUAUAUCUUUUUUUACUGCGUGUUUGACAAUAAUUAAGUCAGAAAAGCGUCGGCUCACACAAGGAUGUUUAUCUUAACGAAAAGCGGACUCCGAAAAUUUAUGAUAAGCCGUGGAGGGGUGGCACUAACACAGCAGUUAGCUAGGAGUACCGCGGCUCUCUACGAUACCGCCGAAUAUCAAUAUAUGCAGAUAAGCAAGGUUCCAACGUUGCACUUUCAACCGUCUUUGCCUCGUUUACCGAUACCGAAACUCGAAGACUCGUGCAGGAGGUAUCUGAACGCGCAGAAACCUCUGCUGGACGGCAAGGAAUUGCAGAACACGUCGUCCUGCGUCUCGAAAUUCCUCGCCAGCGAGGGGCAGAGUUUGCAAAAGAUAUUGGUGCAAAGUAAUGCCGAGAAUCCGCACACCAGUUACAUCAGCGAACCCUGGUUCGACAUGUAUUUGCGGGACCGCAAACCCCUGCCGGUCAAUUACAAUCCCUUCUUAGUUUAUGUGCCGGAAUCCGAUCCGAAGUACGAUGCUCAAUUAGUAAAGGCGACAAAUCUUGUCGUAUCGUCGUUGAGAUUCUUAAAGUCGCUCAAGAAUAACGUUCUAGAGCCGGAGGUGUUUCACAUGAAACCCGAGAAGUCGGAUACUCAGCUAUUCCGCAACGUCACAAGACUGAUCCCAUCUCGCUUCAGUUGGUACGGCGCUUAUCUAUUUAAGGCUUUUCCAUUAGAUAUGUCCCAAUACAAGAAUCUAUUCAACACAACUAGAAUACCAGAGUUAGGAAAAGAUAGAAUCUUCCACGAUCCCUCAGCCAGACAUUUGGUUGUACUGAGGAAUGGCCAUUUCUACGCGUUCGACGUUUUGGAUGCGAACGAUUCCAUUCGUAGCCCCAAAGAGAUAGCUGCGUCUCUGAAGACCAUUCUGGCGGACGAUAGGCCACCGAACGGACAUCCCGUGGGCGUUCUUACAUCGGCGGAGAGGGAUCGAUGGGCACGGGCACGCUCGCAUUUAGUCGAAACGGGAAAUCGCGAGGUUCUCCAGAAAAUCGAUUCGGCCGUAUUCGUAUUGAUCUUAGACGAUGAAAUCAUGGGUACCGACUAUAAAAAGCUAAUCAGAUCGUAUUUACAUACAGACGGUACCAACCGGUGGUUUGACAAGUCGUUUUCUCUCAUUGUCUCGAAGGAUGGUUACGGUGGAAUCAACUUUGAGCACUCGUGGGGCGACGGUGUCGCGGUGCUCAGAUACUUUCAAGACGUGAAAGCCGACAUAUCGAAGAAACCUAGAUUCCAUCCUAACGACGUGGAUGAUCUUUCUGACGUAAGCGCAAACGUAGAGAGACUAGAUUUCUCUAUAGACGCGAAGAGCGAAAGUAUCAUCGAUCAGCAGAAAGCGGAUUAUCAAGCGUGGGUGAACCGACUGUGCGUCGACUUUCUAAUUAACGAAGAGUUCGGUAAGGAUCAAUGUAAGAAGCUCGGGGUAAGUCCGGAUGCCGUGAUGCAGCUGGCAUUUCAGUUGGCGUUGUACACCCUAGAAGGCAAAUUGGUACCGACUUAUGAAUCUUGCAGCACAGCUGCAUAUAAGCACGGCAGAACCGAAACGAUCAGACCCUGCACACUGCAGACUAAAGCGAUCUGCGUCGCUAUGAGUCAGAAGCAGGUCGAGCUUUCUAAAUCAGAGCUAAAAAAAAUGAUACUUGAUUGCAGUAAAGCUCACAACCUGCUCACGAAAGAGGCCGUAAUGGGCGAGGGAUUCGACAGACAUCUAUUCGCGCUGAGAAGGAUUUCAGAGAAAUCGGGCGCCACUAAGCCAGCCAUUUUUCAAGAUCCAGCCUACGAUGCUUUGAAUUACAAUAUAUUGUCUACGUCUACUUUAUCGAGUCCAGACGUAAUGGCUGGUGGAUUUGGACCAGUGGUAUCCGACGGCUAUGGAAUCGGGUAUAUGAUCCAGGAUAAACGUUUGGGUUCAGUCGUGACGAGUUACGACGGCAGUCGUAACGCUGGUCAAUACGUGCAAGCACUAGCACAUGCGUUCAAGAAUAUCCACGAUGUGUUGCAGACGUAAUACAAGAAUUAUCUUUACAUAAUUUGCUAGAUAUAUUACUAAUUACAUCUUUGUUUGGAUGUACCUUUGCCGAGAAGAUCAUUGACAGAUAUUAUAUAAUAUUGUACAUUUACAAGAAUGUUUAUAAUCCAUGUUAUUCAUGUCAGAGGUAGGCACUCGUUCGAGAUUUUAAACUAGAGAAAGCAAUAACGAUGACAACUAUUACCUCUGAUAAUCGGACAUUUUUAUACAAUUGUUAAAUAAAUAUUUUUAAUACUUUUAAA